CAACAGUUCUGCGCAUGAUACCUUAUGGAUUCUCGGAUGCGAUGUGCAAGGUCGUAGUCCUGGGUGUAAAUACAGCGACAUCCGGAACAGAAAGGGGGACUGCGCAGUUGCUGGGCAGUAUUUGCAGUUUAUCUUGGACGAUAUUUUAAAUUGAAGCACAAAGGGGAUUUAGCUAAUUUAGCAUACCAGAUUAUCAGACCGAGAAAUACGCACACAAACUGCACCCACAUAGCAUCUUCAAGAAUCAAUCAAGUGCAUCAGAACAAUGUCGCUGUAUCCGUCGUUAGAGGACAUGAAGGUGGAUAAAUUCAUGCAGGCUCAGAGUGCUUAUGCAGCAAGCCCAUCAAAGCCAGCUGCACUGCCAGAGGCAUCCAAUCUGAAUUCUGCUGAGGAGAGCAAUGGUCUGUACCCAAGGCUGUACCCAGAGCUGACAGAAUUUAUGGGCCUGAGCCUCACAGAGGAAGCUGUGCAGCAGGCCUUCUCGGUGGUGCCAGCUGAAGAUUACUCUGGGCAAAUUGCUACAAGGUCAUCGGCUCUGAGUUACAUGACUGCCCCGAUUACAAGGAAUGACUGUGGCGUCCGUAAAGCUGAAAUAAAACAGGGAGUCAGGGAGGUGAUCUUGUGCAAAGACAUGGAGGGCAAGAUUGGACUGCGCUUGAAAUCUGUGGAUAAUGGGGUGUUUGUCCAGCUUGUGCAAGCGAACACGGCCGCGGCACUGGGGGGGCUGCGUUUUGGGGACCAGGUGCUCCAGAUCAAUGGGGAGAACUGUGCCGGGUGGAGCACGGACAAAGCUCACAAGGUGCUGAAGAAUGCAGCGGCUGAGAGGAUAGCAUUUGUGGUGCGGGAUAGACCAUUCGAACGUACAGUCACCCUUCACAAAGACGCCAAUGGACAGCUGGGCUUCAUUUUCAAAAAGGGGAAGAUAACUUUCAUCGUUAAGGACAGCUCUGCUGCCCGAAAUGGGCUUCUCACUGACCAACACAUUUGUGAAGUGAAUGGACAGAAUGUUAUUGGGCUCAAGGAUUCUCAGAUUUCUGACAUUCUGAACUCUGCUGGAACUGUAAUUACAGUAACAAUCAUGCCCACAGUUAUCUGUGAACACAUGAUGAAAAAGAUGUCUUCAAGCAUCGUGAAGAGCUUAAUGGACCACUCCAUCCCUGAGGUAUAAAGCCGAUGUGGUGUUUUAGAAAAAAGGAGAAGAGCCCACCUGUUGGGGUUUCACCUGUCCCUGCUUCACCACAGCUUCCUGACCCGAGACUGCCCUAAAACCCUGUCUGUGUCCUGUAUGAGUCUUGUCUCAUUUAAAAAAGUACUUUUGCAGCUACUACACGUUUUUUUAUGCACAAGUAAGUGUGCACGAACCCACAACUCAAUAAGACCAGCAGAUCAAUAUUCAGUUGCUGAUUUGCUCAAUUUUGUGGCAUCUGUGUUGCAGUUGCUGUCUGCAAAAAUCACAUUGCAGUGUCAGGAAAGGACAUUUUAAGGGUUUCCUUUUGUGCAGAGGUUCAUUUCAAUCCUAGACCUCAAAACAAAACUUAUUUAUUUAUGCCAUGAUUUGUCUUCAAUGUUUGCCUUUUUGUUUAAUAAACCGACCUGUCGGACAAGUG